AUUCUUCUUCUCUUCUUCUUCUUCUUCGCCGGCCACAGCUUUUCGACCUCUCGAAGAACGAAAAUGCCGGAAGUCGGACAGUAUAUGGAACGUUCCAAGCCGUUAAACACGUCAGAUUGAAGCAGUGUGUGCCGUAAGAAUAUAGUUUUGACUAAAUUUAGGUCAGAGAGUCGGUUGCAUUGACGACAAACCUCUAUAUCGUGAGACACUUUACCCUGACUUCCGGUAUUUUUGUUCUUCGAGAGGUCGAAAAGCGCCCGGCUGCCUCGUGCUCACUCGUGCUCACGCUCCUCCACGCUCACUCCUCACUAGUGCUCUGUUGCUACUACCGUUGACAACGUUUAUUGAUCCUCUUGUACUGACUAUUCUAACAACUAGUGAAAUGGAAGCACAACAAGUUCGGAAAAUUGUUCUAACUGACGAGAAGAUGUUCAAGCUCUGCGAGGUUGUUGAUGAUCUGUGGCAGACGGACAAGCAGAUCCAAAUGGACGGUGUAUUUGUGGGCGAGUUCUCGAAAGCAGACCGAGAUGGAGGAUCUCCGUUAAGUCAGUUUGUGGAGAAACUGAAGAGCCACCUCGAAUCUGCCAAGGAAGGAGAAGCAGAGGGACCAAAACGCCAGUUCCUAGCUGCUUUCGCUGCGGCCCCUGGUGUGUUUGGUCACCGAGCGUUCACCUGCAAACGUUAUGAGGAAUUUGGUGGCGUAAACCUGUGCACUCUGGAAGAUGUCGAAGCAUUCUCACUCACUGCAACCAGUGAGCCCUCGUAUAGUACGCCUACAUGCUGCACAACUAUACUCGACUCGAAGGGGCAGGCAGCUCUCAUCCAACACAUCUUCUCUGAUAUGAAGUCACGAGCGGGAAAGGUGCUAAACCGAAACGGGAGCCGGAAAUAUUUGAGCUCUGCGCAGGUGACUGCAAUGAAGGAAAGUUAUGACUCUUUUAUGGCAAAAUUUGAGCGGAUGAGCAGCGAGGAGAAAAGUAAGGCUGCCAUGAAAAUGGUAAAAGAUGACAAGAGGGUAGAAAAUAUAGGUUGUGCAUGUAUUGAUGCGGAAAAUGACUUGCCCGAAUCUCCAGCGGGUGGUGUCAUGUAUGCCAGUGGCAUACCCGUUGAACCUUCGGAUGAGUUGAGAAUGUCCCCUCAAUACAUGAUGCUCUUUAUGGGGGCCACAACUAUGAACCGAUUGCUCAAGGAGCAUUACAGUGGUGUGACCCGUCCCAUGUUAUAUUUUGGCACCACACACACCUUCGCACCUGUACAUGUAGAAGAUGGGAGUCUCUUCAGCAUUAAUUUUCUUCAUUAUGGGCAGCCAAAGUUGUGGUUUGUCGUGCCACCACGUGCUGUAAACCAGCUGAGAAACUGCCUUGCGGAUCUGAAAACCAACUCUCUCCACAGCGAUUGCCCGAACGGGCCACUCGGGCACAAGUAUUAUGUUCCUACUGCUGCAUGGAUGGAAGAGAAAAAGAUUCCAUACAAAGUGAUCAUACAGAAACCUAAACAAGCAGUAGUACUCUAUCCCAACGCGGCCCAUUGGGUAGUGAACUUGGGCAUGAACUGUGCGGAAGCUUCCAACUUCCCCUCAAAGAUGUGGCUGCCAUAUGGCUUGGCCAGCGUCAAGUGCCACUGCAUAAUGGACCAAGACUUCCACAUGGACUUGAGUGCGAUGGUUGCUGUACUGCAGCCUGGCUGGAUGGGCUGGAUGAAAAGUGGACUCAUCCCGAAGGACAUAUCAGCAGAGGACAACCCUCAAUUCUAUGAGAGGAUAGUCUUGCCAUGCAGAUGCUCGGUGAAUGCACAAGUAAAGGAUGAAGUACAAGAAGAAGAAGACGAAGAUGAAGAAGAAGAAGAAGAAGGAGGAGGAGGACAACGACGAGUAGUAGAGGAACUGCCAGACCUGCCCAGGAAGCGUUUUAAAAUGGACUACAAAUGCACAAAGCCGUCCUGCUCCCAGGCCUUCAAAGGGCGAAAAAAGGCUAGUGUAUGGAAUCACCUACAAACACAUAAAGGGGAGCCCAAGUAUCAGGAAUACGUUGCAGCUUACAACAAAAAAUAUAGACGACCUAUUAAAAGUAAAAGAAAGCCAUGCUCUGUAUGUGGGAAACUGAUCGUCCAGUCUCCAUCAAAUAUGCGGGAACAUCAGAAAAGGAAAAAUUGCAUAAAACCAGAAAAAGCAAAGUGAAGUAUUUUAAUUGUUAUUUGGUAGUUUUUGUUGUUAUUGUUAUUUACAUGUCAUCACUAUUCAGUUUUGAGCAAAACUAUUAACCCACCACUGAAUUAUUCUUAUGUUUAGUUUAUUUCUAUGGAUUUAAAUUUAAAGCUAAAGGGUAGAUUUGUUCAAAAAUUAG